GUGACUCAUUGUGUCUGUGUCGAGGCGUCGGGAGGGCCUAGGUCCUUGUGCAGCACCCUUCGGCCGUUCUGAGCCCCAGAGUCAGCUUCCCUUUCUCUCCCAGCGCCCCAAGGCCGCUCCCGGGGCUCACGGAAUCAUACAGAAACAGAUAAUCAGAGAACAUCUCCUAGGACGGAAAGGAGAGGACAGACUCUUAUUUGGAUCAAGUCGGUUCCCUGAGCCUGAAUGAUGACUGCUGAAUCAAGGGAAGCCACUGGUCUGUCCCCCCAGGCUGCCCAGGAGAAGGAUGGUAUCGUAAUAGUGAAGGUAGAAGAGGAAGAUGAGGAAGACCAUAUGUGGGGUCAGGAUUCCAGCCUGCAGGAGACUCCUCCACCUGACCCAGAGAUCUUCCGCCAACGUUUCAGGCACUUCUGUUAUCAGAACACUUUUGGGCCUCGAGAGGCUCUGAGUCGACUGAAGGAACUUUGUCAUCAGUGGCUACGACCAGAAAUAAACACCAAGGAGCAGAUCCUGGAGCUGCUGGUGCUGGAGCAGUUCCUUUCCAUCCUGCCCAAGGAGCUUCAAGUCUGGCUGCAGGAAUACCGUCCUGAUAGUGGGGAGGAGGCCGUGUCUCUUCUGGAAGAUUUGGAGCUUGAUUUAUCAGGACAGCAGGUCCCAGGUCAAGUUCAUGGACCUGAGAUGCUGGCAAGGGGAAUGGUGCCUCUGGAUCCUAUACAGGAGUCCUCGAGCUUUGAUCUUCAUCAUGAGGCCACCCAGUCCCAUUUCAAGCAUUCAUCUCGGAAACCCCGCCUCUUACAGUCACGGGCUGUCCCUGCCACCCACGUUCCUGCCCCUCAUCAUGAGGGGAAUCCCAGAGACCAGGCGAUGGCAUCUGCACUAUUCACGGCAGAUUCCCAGGCAAUGGUGAAGAUCGAGGACAUGGCCGUGUCCCUCAUCCUGGAGGAAUGGGGAUGUCAGAACCUGGCUCGGAGGAAUCUCAAUAGGGACAACAGGCAGGAGAAUUAUGGGAACGUGUUUUCCCAGGGUUGUGAAAACAGGAAUGAGAAUAAGGAGUCGACUUCCAAGGCUGAAGUCAGAGGAGACUCAGCAUCACGUGGCGAGACAAGAGGAAGAAUCCAGAAAGAUUUUGGAGAAAAACGUGAACAGCAGGGCAGAACAGCAGAAAGGCAGCAGAAGAAUCCUGAAGAGAAAACUGGAAAAGAAAAGAAAGAUUCAGGGCCAACUACAGUCAAAGAAAAGAAACCAACUACAGGAGAGAGAGGUCCCAGGGAGAAGGGUAAAGGAUUGGGAAGAAGCUUCAGUCUGAGUUCAAACUUUCACACCUCUGAAGAAGUUCCGACAGGAACGAAGUCUCAUAGAUGUGAUGAGUGUGGUAAAUGCUUCACAAGGAGUUCAAGCCUUAUUCGCCAUAAAAUCAUCCACACUGGAGAAAAGCCCUAUGAAUGCAGUGAGUGUGGGAAAGCCUUCAGUCUGAACUCAAAUCUUGUACUGCAUCAGAGAAUCCACACGGGAGAGAAACCUCAUGAAUGUAAUGAGUGUGGCAAAGCCUUCAGUCAUAGUUCAAAUCUCAUUCUACAUCAGCGAAUUCACUCUGGAGAGAAACCUUAUGAAUGUAAUGAGUGUGGGAAGGCCUUCAGCCAGAGCUCAGACCUUACAAAACAUCAGAGAAUCCACACAGGAGAGAAACCUUAUGAAUGUAGCGAAUGUGGAAAAGCUUUCAACCGAAACUCAUACCUUAUUUUGCAUCGGCGAAUUCACACUCGAGAAAAGCCCUAUAAGUGCACUAAGUGUGGCAAGGCCUUCACCCGGAGCUCGACCCUCACUCUGCAUCACAGAAUCCAUACAGGAGAGAGACGUUACAUAUGUGCUGAGUGUGGAAAAGCCUUUAGUAAUAGCUCAAAUCUUACUAAACACCGGAGAACACACACUGGUGAGAAACCCUAUGUAUGCACCAAAUGUGGGAAAGCCUUCAGUCACAGCUCAAACCUUACCCUUCAUUACAGAACACACUUGGUGGACCGGCCCUAUGACUGUAAGUGUGGAAAAGCCUUCGGUCAGAGCUCAGAUCUCCUUAAACAUCAGCGAAUGCACACUGAAGAGGCACCAUAUCAGUGUAAAGAUUGUGGGAAAGCUUUCAGUGGUAAAGGCAGCCUCAUUCGACACUAUCGAAUACACACUGGGGAGAAACCUUAUCAAUGUAAUGAAUGUGGGAAGAGCUUUAGUCAGCAUGCAGGUCUUAGUUCUCAUCAGAGACUCCACACUGGAGAAAAGCCAUAUAAAUGUAAGGAGUGUGGAAAAGCCUUCAACCACAGCUCCAAUUUUAAUAAACAUCAUAGAAUCCAUACCGGGGAAAAGCCCUAUUGGUGUAAUAAUUGUGGAAAAACCUUCUGUAGUAAGUCAAAUCUUUCCAAACAUCAGAGAGUCCACACUGGAGAGGGAGAAGUGCUUUAACUGUCAAGUAUGCUCUCUGAGUGUUUUUUUGUUUUGUUUUUUAACUUUAGAAUAUGAGUGCUAGGGAGAAGCCAGGUAAUUAUAACAAACUUCAGUGGUAGAUUUUGUUUCACGCAACAUCGAAGGACACUAGAGGGGUGAGAGCGGUGGCACAGUAGGUAGGAAGGUCCUGGAGGGUGUGGUGGAUUCUUCACUUGGCAGCUUAAUGGGCAGGAUCCCCUCACCACACUUCAGGUCCCAUUAACAAUGCCAGCAUUGCCUUUUGUAGAGUUAAAAUGAUGUGUAUUGAGUAUAAUUAUGGAAAAAACAUUAUGACUGUUUAACUGUUUUAACAUACAUUUAAGAAUCGUGAUUUGUAAAGAAUUGAGCCAUUUGAACACAAUCUAAUCUCAUACAGAAUAAAUUUAACAUCUUGUAACACUU